ACUAACUCCUGUGGACACUAAAAGAGAGCAGUGCUGAGAGUAGAGGACGUCUUCUUCUUCUUCGAUCGACCAUAGGAUAAAUGUGCUUAUAUCCUACUUUGGGAAUCCAGUUUAGGCUUCUUUAUGAUGUACUUACUAGUUUAGCCACACAGUUGUUGCCACGCGGACACGCUUUCGCCACGCGACGCGUGGUCUGCCUUUACGCUGUUCCCGCUGCCACCAUCACGUGUACCGUCGCGCGCGCUAAUCGGACGGCGGCCAUGGCUCCUUCAGCCACCUGGCUCACCGAUCCCACGCGUGUCACCAUCUCCCCAUCACAGAAUCUCCAACUCCCGCGUCGCUUCCCUCGGAAUUCUACUCGCCACGUGUAACCCUGGGAUUUAAACGACCCCCAUCCCAGAGCAGCAGCAACACCGAACAGGCAACCGAGGCUUGGCCGCCUGAGCUACGUGUCACGGAAGCACACGCGUCGACUUUGGAGCAUCCUCCUGAUGUUCCUCGUCACGUAGCCGAUCGUGGAAGCGUUACGUGACGUAACGCAAGGGGUGCGAGGGAAACGCCGCCCCCCCCCAAGAGAGGCCCCUUACGUGGUCUCACGGGAGCGCAUCGUAUCGUCGGACCGACGACACGUGUCGGACUUCCCUGGCCGCAACGACGUGUUUAUUUAGCCCGUCCUUUUCCGUUCGGAGUUCCCACGAAGCUUCUUACUCUGUUUCGAGGCGAAGCAUCAGCAAACCCCCGAGGAAGUCCCGAGUGGUCAUGGAGUUGUUGCCUGCGAGGAGGGCGGCGUCAGCGGACCCGAAGGCGGAGGACGGCGAGGGAGUCGAGCUCACCCUCGGCCUCGCCAUCGGCGGGAGCACCCGGAAGACCCCCGAGCCGAGGAAUGAAGCGGAGGGUCCCCGUAAAGGUGGGAUCUUUGACCUCCCGGACGGAGCAUCGGCGGAGGAUCGCGCGGCGAUGGAUGCCCAGAUGCUGCGGUCUAGGGCGCGAGAUCGGGCGGUGAGGGAGGAGGAGGCCUUGUCCGGCGACCGGUCGAGGCCCAGCCGCACGGAUGGAGGCAAUGGCGUUCGAUGGCCCCGCGUUGCCCCUGUCUCCACCCCCAACCCUAACGCUCACCCUAAUCCCUUUGGGUUUGGCCACCAUCACCCGUUCCCGGUGAUGUACCCUCACCAGCAGGUGCAGUACGUGCCGGUGCCCAACGGGUUCGGGUUCCCGUUCGUGAUGCCGUGCUGGGCCCCGACCAUCUCGGCGGUGGCCGGCGGACUGAACCGGCUCGAAAGGAAGGUGUACCAGCCGUUGUCCGGCCGUGGGUUCCCCGUUCAGGGGACGGCUGCAGGGCCGUGUGAUGGUGAUUCCAGCGGGAGUAAGGGGAUCGAAGCCGCCAAGGUCGUGAACACCUCGCUCAACUCGGAUUCAUCCGGGAGCAGCUCUUCUGCAAUCUCCGAUCGCCGGAGCGGAUCCUUUGGAGGAGGAAGCAUCAGUAGCGGCGACUCCAGGAGCCAUCGGAGCCUUCAAAAGGCAGAGAAGCCUGCAGCACCGCCAUCGGCGGAAGGAGGUAGCGGCAACAACGCACUAACGUCUUGCUUGACGUCGAACGCCAAGCCGGCCAGGUUUGGGGCUCAGCUGCAGCGCGCGGGCUCCGUAAACAAGUCCGGGAAACCGUCGGCCCUGCCCCGAAUGCCGCUCGUCUCAGCCACGGGCGACGCGCCCCACGGGAGGACCAUCCACGGUCUCCUCUACCGGUGUACCAAGUCGGAGGUGAGGAUUCUGUGCGUUUGCCAUGGAAACUCGUACACGCCGGUGGAGUUCGUCAGGCAUGCUGGUGGCGCCGACGUUUCGCAGCCGUUGAAGCGGAUAGUUGUGGUUCAACCAGGGUGGUAGUAGAUGAGCAAAAGUGUCUUCUACUUGUAGUAGUUUGAAUUAGGGAGUGGUUGCAGUGGGAAGGGCAGUCAUGGAGGUCUGUAAAUAUCUUCAGCAGCUAACGUCAAAGAAAUUUUAGCU